AUGGACAAAUGGGACAUCCUGCCGUUUCUGUUUAAAUCGCUACCCCAAAACGAAAUUAGGGGUCAAUGGACAAAAUGGAAGCGAAAUUUUGAGUACAUCGUAGCUGCAAGUGAAGUGACGAACAAGACAAAGUUGAAAUUCUUUCUCCUGGCCAAAGCGGGCCCUGACGUUCAGGAAAUCUUCCAAACGAUUCCUGGAGCGGAUGUUGUUGAAGAUGCGGAGAAAACUGUGGAUCCGUUCUCUGUUGCGCUAACUAAACUGGAUGAGUACUUCGCUCCAAAACAUCAUGAGUCGAUGGAGAGACAUAUUUUUUGGACGCUAAAGCCGGAAAGCGGAGAAAACUUGGAAAAAUUCAUGCUGAGAGCACGAGAACAGGCGUACAAGUGCAAUUUUGGUACAUCCCAGCAAGAAAGUCGUGAUAUUUGCGUGAUAGACAAAAUCACACUUUUGGCGCCACCAGAUCUGAAGGAGAAGCUACUGCAGCGAGACCAACCAACCCUGGAUGAUGUAUUCAAAAUUGUGGCAUCCCACCAGUCCGUCAAGUACCAAGCGAGUCAGAUGGUGGCUGGUCCUUCGGGGUUGUCCCAAUCAGUAGCCGCAGGUGAUGUCAACCGUAUGUAUGCAUCGUCGUCGAAUCGCUUCUCUACAGAGUGCUCCCGAUGCGGCAGGAAAGGACAUUUGGGUCACGAUCCGGUAUGUCCCGCUCGCGACAAGCAAUGUAAUCUUUGCAAGCGAGAUGGCCAUUUCGCCAGAAAAUGUAAGACACCCAAUACAAAGAGUCUUGCGCAUGGUUCGCCGAUGCAGCUCAAACCACCAGUUCGCGAAAUUCGUUCUUUGAAACAAGUUUCGCAGCGUAUUCGGGCGAUACCUGUAGAAGAGAACGAAUCCAAACCGAAAGAGGAAAUGCAGAGCUUCAUAUUUGCUAUCGAAGACGGUGACGAAUUCAUUUGGUUGAAAGUUGGUGGAGUGAUGAUGCAGGCUCUUAUCGAUUCGGGGUGUAACAAAAACAUCAUCGACGAUCCCAAGUAA